GGUCCACAACUUUGUAACAGUGUCUGGUUGUGUUCUCUCGUGUACUAAGUUGUAUCCUGAUGGCGCGCACGAAGCAGACGGCGCGUAAGUCGACGGGCGGGAAGGCGCCCCGCAAGCAGCUGGCCACCAAGGCUGCCCGCAAGAGCGCGCCGGCCACGGGCGGCGUCAAGAAGCCGCACCGCUACCGGCCCGGCACGGUGGCGCUGCGCGAGAUCCGGCGCUACCAGAAGUCCACGGAGCUGCUGAUCCGCAAGCUGCCCUUCCAGCGCCUGGUGCGCGAGAUCGCGCAGGACUUCAAGACCGACCUGCGCUUCCAGAGCUCGGCCGUCAUGGCGCUGCAGGAGGCCAGCGAGGCCUACCUGGUGGGGCUCUUCGAGGACACCAACCUGUGCGCCAUCCACGCCAAGCGCGUCACCAUCAUGCCCAAGGACAUCCAGCUGGCCCGCCGCAUCCGCGGCGAGCGUGCCUGAGUGUCCUGCCCUUCUACUUCAAAGCGAAAGGCUCUUUUAAGAGCCACCACAAAUCCACCGGAGAGAGCUGUUGUCGCUGUGUUACAGAGCAGGCUAUAUAGGCAGCCCGUGUAAACCCUUUCCAGUGGCCAUCCAGGGAUAAGUGGGGGGAGUUGGGAUUUGCCGUUCCUUUGCAAUCUACCCCAUGCGUGUCGGUCAUUCUGAGGUUGCCGGUUUAAAGCUGCCGGCGCUGGGAGGGCGCAAGGGGCAGUGGUGGGUGAAGGCGAGAGCGGUGCCUAGAGAACAGGCAGCCUGAGGCGCUGGACGGGGCGGGCGGCAGGGAGGGCUUAGAGCACAGGGAUCGCAGCGUCUCUGCUGUGCAGUCUGUAGGGCGCUACCGGGUGCUCUUGGCUGUUCCUUCUUCCCGCUCUGUCCCGCCCACAGAAUGGCAGGGAGCAGAGCGCCGCCAUUUCGGGAGCUUCUUCUCCUUCCAGGCUGUGGCGGU